GCUUGCGAAGCCCGCGGAGCCGGUGGGAAGGUUGAAGGGUCCUUUCUCGGCAGGGCCCGCCCCUUGAUCCAGUCGGGGCCCGUCGCUCGGAUCCAAACCUUGCUGGCAGCAGGAGUCUGAGCCCACGCGAGCUAAGAUUUAAGAAUGACUUCCCUCUUGACUUACACUUUAAAAUAUCUUCCCAGUACAUCACAAUGGGCCCUCAGAUUUUCUAUGAGACCUCUGAGCUGUUCCUCCCAGUUACGAGCUGCCGCAGCUGUCCAGGCGAAAUCGAAGCGAACCUUAGCCAAACCCAACCUGAGGAACAUUGUGGUGGUGGAUGGUGUCCGCACUCCAUUUUUGCUGUCAGGCACUUCAUAUAAAGACCUGAUGCCACAUGAUUUGGCUAGAGCAGCGCUUUCGGGUUUGUUGCAUCGGACCAGUGUCCCAAAGGAUGUUGUUGAUUAUAUCAUCUUCGGCACAGUUAUACAGGAAGUGAAAACAAGCAAUGUGGCUAGAGAGGCUGCCCUUGGAGCUGGCUUCUCUGACAGGACUCCUGCUCACACUGUCACCAUGGCUUGCAUCUCUUCCAACCAAGCCAUGACCACAGCUGUCAACUUGAUUGCUUCCGGCCAGUGUGACGUGGUCGUGGCAGGCGGUGUAGAGUUAAUGUCUGACGUCCCUAUUCGCCACUCAAGGAAAAUGAGGAAGAUGAUGCUGGAUCUCAAUAAGGCCAAGACGCUGGGUCAGCGACUGUCUUUAAUCUCUAAAUUCAGAUUGAAUUUCCUGUCACCCGAGCUUCCAGCAGUGGCCGAGUUCUCCACCAAUGAGACCAUGGGCCACUCUGCAGACCGACUGGCUGCCGCCUUUGCUAUUUCUCGGCUGGAACAGGAUGAGUAUGCACUGCGCUCACACAGCCUGGCCAAAAAGGCACAGGAUGAAGGACUCCUUUCUGAUGUCGUGCCCUUCAAAGUACCAGGAAAAGAUACAGUUACUCAAGAUAAUGGCAUUCGUCCUUCCUCCUUGGAGCAAAUGGCCAAACUAAAACCUGCAUUCAUCAAGCCCUAUGGCACAGUGACAGCUGCAAAUUCUUCUUUUCUGACCGAUGGUGCAUCUGCAGUGCUGAUUUUGGCAGAGGAAAAAGCUCUGGCCAUGGGUUAUAAACCGAAGGCAUAUUUGAGGGAUUUCGUGUACGUGUCUCAGGAUCCAAAAGAUCAGCUCUUACUUGGACCAACAUAUGCUACUCCAAAAGUUUUAGAAAAGGCAGGAUUAACAAUGAAUGAUAUUGAUGCUUUUGAAUUUCAUGAAGCUUUCUCAGGUCAGAUUUUGGCUAAUUUGAAAGCCAUGGAUUCUGACUGGUUUGCACAAAACUACAUGGGUAGAAAAGCCAAGGUUGGAUCGCCUCCUUUGGAGAAGUUUAACAUCUGGGGUGGAUCACUCUCCCUGGGGCACCCGUUUGGAGCCACUGGCUGUCGGUUGGUCAUGGCAACUGCCAACAGAUUACAGAAGGAAGGAGGCCAGUAUGGGUUAGUUGCCGCCUGUGCAGCUGGAGGGCAGGUAUGUCACAGAAGCUUCAUAGGAGCUUCCAGAAAGUCAUUUUCUUGGAAACAAAACAAAUUCAUCCAAGAAUGUUUGAUUUAGCUUAAUUUGAAACAGUCUUAGAGCAAUUUUUCUGAUGACAGACAACUGGGAAAAAAGCAGCCCAUUUUUGUGGGGAGGGAGUACAACUUUAAUUCUGAUAGUACUUUGAAAGGAAGAAUCUAUUUAAAUCCAAGUUAUUUUUUCCCCCUAAAAUAAUGUUUAUGUUUUUUGUUUAUAAAAGUUAUAUAUGCUCCUUAUGGAAAUUAUGAAAAUACAAAAAGUAUUUAGAAAAUAAAAUUAUAAUUACUUAUAAUCCCCUCAUCAGACACUAUCAUUAUUCACACUUUGAUAUAUUUUCUUCUUUAAUAAUAAAAUUUUAUCCAUUUAUCUAGUCACCAUGAGACGUUAUCCAUAAAAUCUCUCCAAGUCUUUCUUGAGAACUGAACUAUACCUUAAUGGAGAAUUAAUUUGCCUCUGGAUAACCUAUUGCUGUUUAGCUGAGGAAAAUUAUGGUUUUCUACAGAUUUUUUUUCUAUCUGCUUUACUUGUGUUACUGACGAAACUUCCUACCUGCUAUAGCAUUUCACGUGGGAAUAAAAUCCAAAAGGAAGGCUGGUUGUAAUCUUUUUUCCCAACCCUGAUGGAAACAGAUUUGAUUUUUCUCCAGAUAACAGAAACUAUCUGUUGCCGACCAAGAGGAAUAAGAUAUGUAAAAGUAUAAACAUCUUACAUUUAAAAGCCUUUAUUUAUGGCUUUUUCUCAGAGACCUUGAAGAAGCAAGGGAUCAGUUAUUUUUAGGUUGGAAUAUUUUAGACUUCACAAUCAGAAGUAUUUUCUAAUCUGUUGUACCUUCAUUUACAGAAAACCAUGGUAAAUCAGGACUGGAGCCCUCCCUCUUAUCUUUCUAUGCCAAAUUUAAAUGCGGGGGGUAACUAGUGCAUAGCAUUGUACACAGUGCAUAGUCCACAUAGGUUAAUGUCCUUUGGUUUUGAGUGUUUGUUCCCUAAUUUUUUAAUCUAGCACAUAGAGGAUUAAUAACACAAUACUAGGUGCUUUUGUGGAUGAACAAAGAAUAAUAUCCAGUAUUAUUACUUACCUCUAGAAGUUUACAGUAUAGUGAAGAAGGAGAUGAUGCAUCUUAGAAACUAGAUUAAACUUGGCAUUGUUUCAUCAAGAGCCAAGUGCGUGCUACAAACAUGAUUAGAUCAAAGGAGGAAUCCAUCAUUGUGGAUCAGGGUUUCUCAGCUCUGGCACUAGUAACAUUUUGGGCCAGAUAAUUCUUUGUUGCGGGUGAGAGGACUGUGCUGUGUGUUGUAGGGUGUUUAACAUGGUCUCUACCCACUAGAUACCAGUAGCAAACCACCCCCCUCACUCCCCACCACCCCCCCCCGCCCCCCUGCCAACACACACACAGUUGGGACAACCAGAAAUAUCUCCAGACAUUGCUAAAUGUCCUCUGGGGAGGGGAGGGAGCAAAAUCACUGCCAUUGAGAACCACUGAUCUAGUGCAAUAUAAAAGAUUUGGAACAUGAAAACAACACAGUUGAAAUAAAACAGGAGAAGGAAUAUUCUACCUUAUUAUGGGCCCUUCUAGGACAACCCCAAGUCAGUCAAUCCUUCCCAUCCAUAUUUUGUUGGCUUGUGCCUGUAUCAAGGUAUUUAGCAGUUUGUUUUGAACUACAGUGUAUAUUAGAUUGAGGAUACAGACCGUGUAGCAAAACUUUGUACCCACACAGUGUUCAGCUUGGUGCCUUAUAAAUAAUAGUUUAAUAAAUAUUUGUGGGGAUUGAAUUGAAUCUAGAAGCAGGGAGAUUAGUUAGGCUAUUAAGUAGUUUGAUAGCAGUCCAAAAGAUAGAAUGACUAUGAUUAUCAGAUAGGAUUUAGACUCAUGAAAUCAUUAAUUUCUAUACUAGGUUUCAACUAGGGAGAUAACUUGGAUAUAGCACUGUGCCUAGUACUAGGAAAGGGAUUUUCUACCUUUUUACCUUUGUGGGACCUCAAAUCAUCAUCUUCACCCGCAUAGAGUAGUAAAGAAGAGACCAGGUUUUGGAAUCAUCUGGUUUCAAGUCCUGACCCUGUUACUUAAUAGCUUUGUGGAUUUGGAUGAGUAACUUAACCUCUCAAAGCCUCAGUUUUCUUAUCUAGGAGAGAGAGAAGGCUGUUGUUGGAUUCACUGUAUUGCGUUUAUUUUUAUACAGCUAAAAGAGCCCCUCUGGCCUAUUUUAAUAGUAACCACUUACGGAGCAUCUACUAGGAGUCAGACUCUUCUAGAUAGACUCUGAUACACAUGUGUGUACAUGUAUGUGUGUGUAUACAUACAUUGUAUGCUAUCUAAUGCUCACAAAAACACUUUGAAGUGGGCACCAUGAACCCCAUUUUAGAGAGGAAGUUGAGGUUCAGAAUGGCUAAUAACUUUCCCAAGAUCACACAGUGUUUGAAUGGCAGAGCCAGGAUUAAGUUCCAAAGCCUAUAUUUUUCCCAUUGUUCCAUGCUGCCUCUGUACUGGCUGGAUUCAUUGCAUUUGGUUGCUCUAAUUGAACUUUAUUUUCCUUUACAGGGCCAUGCUAUGAUAGUGGAAGCUUAUCCAAAAUAAUA